AUGUAUUUAAGCUGGAUUUCUAUCUCAUGUUUUCUUCUUCUCGUCUUUGAUUUUCAUCGGUGUUCGGCGUCGAUCUGUUCGGAAUAUCAUUCAUCUCAAACAUCAUCUCAACAAUGCGAAUGUGAAGAUGUUACAAGCAAUAGUCAACCAGCUAUCUCAUUGAAAUGUAUUACUCAUGUGAAAAUGCCUUAUUUUCCGGGAAAUUUUCAAUAUAAAAACAUUGAAAUCGAAUCCUGUGCGGAUGACUUCGAUUUCGAAACAAAUCCAUUCAAUAGUCUUAGCUUAAACACCUUACGUAUUCGUCAUUGCAAUUUGAAGAAUGUCAACGAGCAAACAUUUGCGAAUCUGAAACAUUUCGAUAAAUUCGUCUUGGAAAAUUCGACGAUCAAAUCACUUUCAACGUCGAGUGGAAACUUUCAGGAUGUCUUCUCGGCAAAUUCGUUUCAAAUUCUGAAAUCUUUAACGUUGAAGAAUGUUCAUUAUCAUCAAACUCAUAAGCACGAUAAGAAACUCAAUUUGGAACUUCUACUCCAACAACUACCACAUUUGUAUCGUUUGGAAUUGAUGAACAUCUAUCUUGACAACUAUCGUUACUAUGAUAUCAAAACUCUGGGACAAAAUUUAACUUAUCUCAGCUUAGCCAAUACCCAUCAGACAAGUCUAGUGCCUAUACAAUAUCUUUCAUCGCUCCAAAGUCUACUUCUACGUCAUCUUCCGGACGUGUUUCACAGUCAACCGUUGAUAUCAUCAUUAGGCAAAUUGAAACACUUGAAAUACAUACUCUUCGACUACAAUCAAUUGAAAUCUAUCGACCAUUUACAAUCGGAGACGAUCGAUGAUAUCGAUCUAAGUUCAAAUCUGAUCGAAUUAAUUGAUGAAUACACUUUCGAACAUGUCCCAAAACUUCGACAAUUGAUAUUAUCGGGUAAUCCAUUGAAUUCAAUCGAUAAAAAUGCUUUUUGUGGCAUUGAUCAUCUUCAACGUUUAUCCAUUUAUAUUAAACACAGUUCGAUCUCUCCAUUGAACAAUUGUCUGUUAAUUCAUUACCCUCACCUACAGAUUAGUCAAGAUAGCCAAACGAGAUUUCAAUGUGAUUGUCUAUUGCAGACAGUCUUCAACACGAAACGACAACAAACAAAUCAAAGCGUUAAUCGAAUAUUCAAAUUGAAUCAAGGUUGUCUACUACGAAAUGAAUCGUCACCGGCAAUACAACUGUAUGAAUUGGAUAAACAUUUCAACUGUUCAGCGACGAAUUCUUGCGAACGAUUGUGUCAAGACCGGAAAAUCAAAGUUUUGAAAACGGAAGUGUCGCCGUCGUACAAUGGUCAAGUCAAUCCCAAAGAUGCAUCCUUAUCUACGUCUUUAUACUCAUUUUUUUCUUAUCAAUACUUCUUGUUGUUAUUAUGCUUUUUGUAUUUGUAA